AUGCCUCUGGCUGCGCUCCGCCUCCUGCCCGCCUUGGCGCUUUGCGCGCUGCUCUGCGCGGCCGCGUAUCCACCGAAACCCGAAAACCCCGGAGACGCGGCGUCGCCCGAGGAGAUCGCGCAAUAUUUCUCCGCUCUGCGCCAUUACAUCAACCUGGUCACGCGGCAGCGCUACGGGAAGCGCAGCAGCUCCGUGCCUGCAGUGUUGGUGCAGCCUAUGGGUCCCCGCAGCCAUGCGCCGUGGUCUGACAUCGACGAUGACUCCGCCUGGUGACCCCCAUUACCCCAAUCCCCCCCCCCAACCCCCC